GACAAAACUGUCGUUCAGACUAAAUUUUAUGAAGGACAAAGGGCGCGAGUCUGCUAAUUCUGCAGUAAACCCAGAAAAAGGAAAAGGAUCCGAACUUCACCAACCACUGCCAUCCCCCAAUGCCUCUAGAGGAUCUGAAGUUCAUUCUUUAUCAAUCCCAGAAAAAGGAAAAGGAUCUGAAUUUCGCCAACCAUUGCCAUCCCCCCGUAAGCCUCGAGGAUCUGAAGUUCAUUCUUUAUCAAUCCCAGAAAAAGGAAAAGGAUUUGAUUUUCGCCAAGCAUUGCCAUCCCCCGGUAAGCCUCGAGGAUCUGAAAUUCAUUCCGCAUCAAUCCCAGUUAAAGGUAGAGGUGUGGGCAGUUCUUUCCAGAACCCAGAUAAAGGUUCAGGCAAAGAAGGUCCGUCACUUCAAGUUUCAGAUAAAAUGGGAAAAUCAGGUAGUCACCCAGCGGAACACUCGGAGAAAUGGAGCCAGCAUCCACAACCCCUGGAAAGAGGCAAGUCAGAAAGCCACAAGCCCCAUAAUGUGGAUAAAGGACGUUGAUUAGAAGGCCGAUGUGUGCUUACACGUAAAACAAAUUCAAGAUGAUACAAAGGCCAUCGCAAUCAUUCAGUACUGUGCUCAUCCACGACCACCUGGGGUGUUGCUUCCACAAUCUUCUCUUUUGGCUUAUGGAGCACCGUAGGAAGAGAAACCUCGGCUGGUGACGUUGAUACCAGGACCCUUAUUUUUGGAGAUGCUCAAGUCCGUUUGCCCCAAAAUGCAGGAUCAAGGCAUAGGUCAACCAUCUUCACGA